AUGCCAGGCGGGUAUGUCGAGGCCAAAGAAACUGAUGUGUACGCAACUUGCGACGACAACUCCAUUCCCGAAGACUGCCAUCUUCGCCAGUGGGAGUCCAACUGUAUCAAGGCAUGCAGUCUCAUCGGCCAGACCCUGACAGCCCCAGAGAACGUCAAGAAAUGGAUGAUUGAAGCUGGCUUUGUAGACGUCAAGGAGGAACAGUUUAAACUGCCCAUCAACCCCUGGCCAAAGGACCCAGAGCUUAAACUGGCCGGCCGGUACCAGCAAGUUCAGUAUUCCGAUGCCCUCCAGCCAUAUGCUCUUGGACUGCUCGUCGAGGUUCUCGGCUGGUCCAGAGAGGAGAUGGAACUCUUCCUGGUCGGCUUGAGAAAGGAUCUCGCCAACCGUGCAUUCCACGGGUAUAACAUAGUCAGCCGUGUCAUCACCGGCCGAAAACCAGGAAUGGGAAAGAGAAAGUUCUCAGAUACGGAGUAG